AUGGCAGAAGCUCACCAGGCGGUGGCCUUUCAGUUCACUGUCACCCCUGAUGGCAUUGACCUCCAGCUGUGCCACGAGGCCCUACGCCAGAUCUACCUCUCUGGCCUCCACUCCUGGAAGAAAAGGUUCAUUCGCUUCAAGAAUGGGGUAAUGACUGGUGUGUACCCUGGAAGCCCUGGUGGGUUCAUGGUCGUGGUUGUGUCCUACAUGUCCUACAAUAAAUAUCAUCAGUUGGAUCCCUCUCUGGGAUUGAUUGCCAAACUGGGCCAACACAUACCUAUCAGUCAAUACAUGUCUACAGACAGCCAGAAGAUCGUCGGAGGAGUUCUGGUGGGCACGGGCCUGUGGGUCACCAUAAUCAUGAUUAUGAGGAAUGUCCUAAAGGGCCUGUUGUCGUGGCACGGCUGGAUGCGUGCACGCCAUGGCUCUGUGUCCUGGUCUACUCGUGUGUGGAUGGUAUUAGUGAAGGUGUUCUCUGGCCGGAAACCGAUGCUCUACAGUUUCCAGAACUCUCUGCCCCGGCUGCCUGUCCCCAGUGUCAAGGACACCUGCAGAAGGUACCUGGAGUCAGUGCGCCCACUGAUGGAUGAUGAGCAGUAUGAACGAAUGAAGGGCUUGGCUAAAGACUUUGAGAAGAACCUGGGACCCAGAGUGCAAUGGUACCUCAAACUCAAGUCCUGGUGGGCCUCCAACUAUGUCAGUGACUGGUGGGAGGAAUACAUUUACCUCAGAGGCCGGGGACCCAUCAUGGUCAACAGCAACUAUUAUGCCAUGGACUUCCUGUAUGUGUUCCCCACCUCCAUCCAGGCUGCUCGGGCAGGUAAUGCCAUCCAUGCUAUCAUGCUCUACAGGAGAAAACUGGACAGAGCACAGAUCAAACCUAUAUACUUGCUGGCAAACAAGGUUCCUCUGUGUUCGGCUCAGUGGGAGCGGAUGUUUAACACCAGCCGCACCCCUGGUUUGGAGACAGACACCCUCCAGCACAUGAACGAGAGUAAACACAUAGCCGUGUUCCAUAAGGGCCGCUUCUUCAAGGUGUGGAUGUUUUAUGAUGGGCGGCUGCUGUUGCCACGGGAGAUAGAGCAGCAGAUGGAGAGGAUCUUGGCAGACAAGUCGGAGCCCUUGCCAGGAGAGGAGAAACUAGCUGCGCUCACUGCAGGGGAAAGGACCCCCUGGGCCAAAGCACGUGAAACGUACUUUAGCCGUGGUAAGAACAAGCAAGCUCUGGAUGCUAUUGAGAAGGCAGCCUUCUGUGUGACGCUUGAUGAGACUGAGCAGCGGUACGAUGAAAGCAACCCAGUCAAGUCCCUGGACAGUUACGCAAAGUCACUGCUUCAUGGAAAGUGCUACGACAGGUGGUUCGACAAAUCAUUUAACCUCAUAGUUUUCAAGAAUGGUACAAUGGGACUGAACGCUGAGCAUUCCUGGGCAGAUGCUCCAAUCGUUGGCCAUUUGUGGGAGCAUGUGCUGUCCAUGGACCCGGUUAAACUGGGAUAUAGUGAAGACGGUCACUGCCACGGGGAGCCCCACCCCAACCUGCCAGGACCUCAGAGGCUGCAGUGGGACAUCCCUGCUGAGUGCCAGGAAGUCAUCCACAGCUCUCUGAAAGUCGCUGAGGCGCUGGCUGACGAUGUGGACUCCCACAUUUUCCCCUUCAGUGACUUUGGCAAGGGUCUGAUUAAGAAGUGCCGCACUAGUCCUGAUGCCUUCAUCCAGAUCGCCCUACAGCUGGCCCACUACAGGGACAAAGGGAAGUUCUGCCUGACAUACGAAGCCUCCAUGACACGUUUGUUCCGUGAGGGCCGAACAGAAACCGUGCGCUCCUGCACCAUGGAGACUUGUGCCUUUGUUCGCUCCAUGAUCAGAGAUGAGACAACGGAAGAGCGUCUCAAGUUGCUCAAACAGGCGGCAGAGAAGCAUCAGAAUAUGUACCGCCUGGCAAUGACAGGACAGGGCAUCGAUCGGCAUCUCUUCUGUCUCUACGUGGUGUCCAAAUACCUGGGAGAGGACUCAGCCUUCCUCAAGGAGGUCUUGUCUGAGCCGUGGAGGCUGUCCACAAGUCAGACUCCUCUGCAGCAGGUUGAGCUGUUUGACCUGGUGAAGCACCCUGAGUAUGUGUCCUCUGGAGGUGGAUUUGGUCCAGUGGCUGAUGAUGGUUAUGGUGUCUCUUACAUCAUUGUUGGUGAGAACCUCAUCAACUUCCACAUCUCCAGCAAACACUCAAGCCCAGAAACUGACUCCCACCGUUUCGGCACCAACAUCAGACAGGCCAUGCUGGACAUACUGGAUCUCUUCCAGCUGGACAAGAAAACCAAGUGAUUGUCCUCUCCACGGGUGGAAUAAACACAAGAAGUUGUGUUUUGCAAAACAUAUAUUCUUCCUGAAGCUUGUACAGAAUCAAAAUGUUGGGUUUGGGGUUAUUUUUUAAGUUAAUUGAUGUUCCAGAAAUAAGGAUGAUUGAGAGGUAUUUGGAAAAACAUUGCUGUCAACAUAUGGAUGAAGGUUCUCAGUCAUCCAGGUCAUGGAAAUCCAGCACUAGUUGCUGUCAAUAUGUGUGCAAAGUGCUUAUGUGUACUGUAUGUAUAGGCAAGGUGAGAUUCCGGUGGUAUUGGCUACAGGUAGUGCACAGAUCAAAGUUUUUAUUCACAGGACUGUAUGCACCGGUGCCUUAGUGACCCACUAAUGUAAAAAGGGCAUAAAGGGAGGAGAAAUUAGAGCCGCUGUAGUUGUGAGAUCAAGUCCAGUGAACCACAGCCAGAGACUUUUCAGCUGAAGGAUCGUUCAGUAGCAUCAUCCAAUAUUUGUGUCAUGUUUUGAAGUUGAGAGAUGGUGCAAUAUUUUCACUAGUUUGUGUUCCACUGUAGAAAAUCCUCAUUGUUUUUAGGUUUUUUUCCUGGUCUUCUUCGCUGCAGAACCUUAGUUAUGUUUAAGUGGCCGAAGCAGCAAACUCGAUGUUAAAUAUCAUUUAUGAAUUGCUUGUUGCUUGAUGUCCGUUCAUUUCAGCUGAAGGACUGGAGCCUCAUAUGACUCAUUAUUUAAACUACCACUGGGUGUGAUUCACUGGUGUCUGGUUAACUCCCACCAUGGAGGCCUGAAUGAUUAAAACAGUCAAUAUGUUAUUACAAGAAUUACAAAUAUUCAUCUUUUGAAAAGUGCUUCUCUGUCAGGAGACCGUCUAAUCAAUAGAUCUUCAUUGCCUUUCGAACUCAACUGUACAGCCGGUGUAUUUGUUUCAUUUCAUCUGCCAUGAUUUCUUGAAGCAGCGACGAAGGCAGAUCAUGUUUGUGUGCGUGUUUUUAUCGUUUUCAUACUCAGGUUUUACUAAGUUGGUAUCGGAGAGAGAGUGCUGGCUGCAGCGUUGGAAGAUGAGUGUUAUGUUGGCGUGUACAUGUGCAACAGAAGAAGAAACUGAGUUGCAGUACGACGCCAUGUGACCGCCGGUGAGCAUGGCGGGUAGGAUAACAUGAAGUUUGCUGUGGAAGUAAGCGAUGGGCAGGACACGGUGUGUGUCUGGGGUGAACCUCACUUUUGUUUGACUGACACUGACUUCAUUUUCUUUUUAUUUUAAAGAGUGGGUAAACUGUAACUGUACUCUGUUGUGCACUCCAUUACUGUCCAUUUUUAGUUCGAGCUAACCGAUACCUGACUGCCUUGGCAGCAGUUUUUUUGUCAGAUCAAGAUGAAUUGUAAAACCAUUUAUGAGCAAACUUGUCAAGUUGUUAGUUUGAGCAUGUUGCAGUUGUCGAUGAGAUGCAGAAUCGCUUAACAGGUUGUUAAUGUCUCUCCGGUACAGUAGGAAACUAUCUUUAUCGCUUGGAUUAAUGUUUAGGGAGGGCAGAUAAAGAGGGGCCCUCAUGUAUAAGAAGGCAUUUCUGUUAUUAUGUAUAUGUUGUCAGUUCAUAUUAUUUAUUUUUUCCAUGUUUUCACCUCUUCAUAAAACAAAACAUGCAUUUUUACCAGCUGAAUGCAGCGAUUGAUGCACACUAGUUAAGCUUUGCUGAUUCAAGAAGUGAAACUGACAAAAAGCUUCCUUCUAUUUUAUUUUAUUUUAAUUCUUUUUGUUUUGGACAUGACAGCUCUGUUGUCACGGACUUUGCCAGUAAGUUGUAGUUGUAUGAACUUUUUAUCACGGUAGACCUCAUGUUUACACUGCUGCAUGGUGUUUGAGGAUGAAGCUGUAUAUCUUUGCCUUUAAUUUAAAGAUGUGUACAAAAAAAGACAAGCAGCUGAUAUACCAAAAUGAGUUUUAACAAUAAAGUGAAUGUCAGACAGCUGUAUCACA